GCAGCCAACAGAGUGGCGAGGCUACACGACGUAGCGUGCUGAUUGGCUGACGCCGUGGUUAGCCGGCACAGCGAAUAGGUUAGGCUGCCCCCUUGCUGCGGCCGAGGCCACGAAGGUGUCGGUGUGAGGCGAGCGGCAUGUGCAGGAACGGCGGCGGGGCGGGGCUGACGCCGCGCUGAGGAGCAAGGCAAGAGCCGGAGAUGGUGGCGGCCACGGUGGCGGCCGGGGCCGGUGGGCCGCCGCUUCUGGCCGCCCUCCUUCUCCUCCCGCUGCUGUUGCCGCCGCCUCCUUACGCAGCAGAAGGGGCUGGCCUGGCAGAGAAGGUGGUCUGGGCCGUCAACGCGGGUGGCGAGGCCCAUCUAGAUGUCCACGGCAUCCACUUCCGCAAGGAUCCGCUCGAGGGACGGGUAGGACGAGCCUCUGACUAUGGCAUGAAACUGCCGAUCUUGCGAUCCAGUCCAGAGGAUCAGAUUCUAUAUCAGACGGAACGCUACAAUGAGGAAACUUUUGGAUAUGAGGUCCCCAUCAAGGAGGAGGGGGAUUAUGUGCUCGUGUUGAAGUUUGCUGAAGUCUAUUUUGCACAAUCCCAGCAGAAGGUUUUUGAUGUGCGUGUGAAUGGGCACGUGGUAGUGAAGGACCUGGACAUCUUUGAUAGAGUUGGGCACAGCACAGCCCAUGAUGAGGUUAUUCCUAUCAGUAUCAAGAAGGGGAAGCUGAGUGUUCAGGGAGAAGUUUCUACCUUCACAGGGAAGCUCAACAUUGAGUUUGUCAAGGGGUACUAUGAUAAUCCAAAAGUCUGUGCACUGUAUGUCCUCCGGGGAACAGUAGAUGAUGUUCCAAAGCUGCAGCCCCACCCAGGCUUGGAGAAAAAAGAGGAGGAGGAAGAUGAAGAGGAGUAUGAGGAAGGCUCCAGCACUAAAAAGCAGACCAAUAAGAACCGGGUCCAGUCGGGCCCCCGCACACCAAACCCCUAUGCCUCGGACAACAGCAGCCUCAUGUUCCCUAUCUUAGUGGCCUUUGGUGUCUUCAUUCCUACCCUCUUCUGCCUCUGCAGGUUAUGAAAGACAAAACAGCAAGGCUGGAAGGGAAGGAACCAGAGCAGACACAGCAGAUGUUUUGGUUUCUCCUAGUUUCUCAUAAUUUAAGGAAAAUAAAGGGUUGUUAAGGAGUACCAGGUACAAUCCAAGGCGAGCUUGUACCACUUUCUUUGAGAAGGGUGUCCUUCAUCUCCCCCCUCCCUCUCAGCUGCAAGGCUUUGGGUUCUACACAGCUGUACCACAAGUAGCCACCUGUCCUGUCCAGAGAAUCUUGAUGUGAAGACUCAGUACUUCUGGCUAAAAGACAUUGCUGAACUACAGCCCUCCCUCCUUCCGAAGAAAGGAAGAAGAAGUAAAAAAGAUGAAAAAUACCAGGGAGGGCAAAGGUUCAUAUUUUGGCUUUAAAAAAGCAAACUUUGCCUUUGAGCAUCCUUGGAUGGAAUAAAACGUGUGCUAGAACUGCUGGGGGGUGGUGGAUUAGAUGGGCUUUUUGACAUUUGUAACUAAAAACAUGGUACUUCCUUUCUGUUAUGAAAGAGAGAAGGUUCACCCUUGCUGGAUGGUCAGUUGGUUUAAAAAAGUCUUUUGGAGUCAGGGUUGUCAUUAGAACAGGGUGAGCAAGUUGGCCUGUUGAGUUUCUCAGGCUGUGAGAAACGUUAUUUGCUCAAUCACUGUAGUGCAGAACAACUUCUGCCUUGAACAGACCCUUUUGUCAUGUCAUCUGUAACAUGGAUAUUUUUAUUUGUUGGGCUGGGGGUGCUCUUUUAUAUGCUACUUUCAGCUUCCAUUUUUCUCCACAGUAGAUUGACUCUUGGUCUAUCCCCUACUUUGUAUCAUGAUGAGAACCUGAUUGGUAAACUGCAGUGGAUAUGUAGGAUAGCACAGCAAUUUGUGUACUUUUCCUUGGGUAGCCUCUGAUUUCCUUGAGCCAGAAGCCUUGUCAUCUUUGGAACUGAAGAGACAUCUCUGCCUGUAAGUGUGACAGGGGGACCUUGAGCACAGCUUUGUUCCCUGAUCUUAGAACUCCUUGAGCUGCUUCUGGAACCUCAAAGACUGAUGGCCUGUGCCAGGGAUUGGAUGCAUAUAGGCUGUAUACAUUAACUCAUUAGUUCACGAAAACUAGUAGCAUCCCUAUAAAUUCAAACUGGAAGGUGGCCAGUAGUUCUUGUGUCUGUGGAAUAUCCACAACACAGUGCAAAGUUGGAUCAAUUGAGCCUCCACUCCUGAUUCUGCUAAGAGAUUUUGGCAUGUAUCUGAGAGGAAUGUUAGCUGUUGUCCUUGUAGCAUGGAAAGAGUCAUGGCAUUGAUGUGGUCUGUUAUAGUGAUCUUUCAUGAACCAACCCUUUCCAUAGAGACCUUUUUCACUUCAUGCCCACUUUGGUCAGGUUAAUGUUUUCAACAUGUUCUUCCCUGGACUGUUAAAUUUCCCCUAGCUAUAAGCUUCAACACACCUCUAAAUGACUUUAAAAGUGCAGCUCAAAAGAUGUGAUAAUAGCAAGUCAUUUAGGUGCUAACAACUGGAUGUAUGUAAGCCUGACUGGCUACUGAUCCUUUCCAGGUACAGUGCUAGAGUAUAUGGGGAAUACUUACAACACCAAUGCCAACAAAUGCAUUAAACAACCAUCUCUUCCUCUUCCUCCCCAACUUGGAAUCAAACUUAAAAGGAAAGCCUAUCUAAAUGUGAGCCUUUGCUGUACUUUUGUCCCCAAAAUGCUUUUUAGAUCAAACAUGACAGGAGGUAUGUCUUAAACCUGUAUCCCACCUGUUAGCUUUCUUUUCCAGUUUGGCUCUUGAACCUCAUCUAGUGUUCUGAGAAGCUGGAAGGAAUUAGAUACUUCUAGUUUAUGGUUGAGUGCCCUGUUAUAGUACAUCAUGGUUGUUUGCCACUGUUCUUCCAUUUUCUUUUUUUCUUGCAAAUUCCAGACUUUGCUUAAAGUGAUAGGAAAUAGUAUUUGCUUUGUUAGGCCCCAAAACUAUAACAAGCAGAUCUGAAAGCCAUUCAGCAAUAGCAAUUCUGGUUAGCUGACUUGGCCUAUUUUCAUAGCAGUUAGAUGGUACAUGAGCUCAGAGGUACGUGUUCUUGUGGUCAUGAGCAUAGGUAUAUUGUUCUUAUUAGUGUCUUUCCUUUCUGGUUACCUUUUAGUUGCUGUUUAUUUAGAGGCUUGUUUACAUCGUUUUUUAUGAGAAGAUUGUCUCAUCUCUCACUUAGGAAUGCCAGAUUCCUUCUAGGGUCAUCUUGUUUCCACUAUCUACUGAUUAAGAAGUUUUGCAAGAAUAGCCUUUCUUAGAACAGAAUCAUUGCAGCCAUUAGUGGCACAUGGUAGAGUCUUGUAACCCUGGUUCUGUUACCCACCCUUCCCAGCCAUGCAUUUCCAUGCUUUGGAAAGACUGAUGGCUAUUGAUCACUUCAUUGAAUGAGCCCUCUCUACCCCAUUUCAGAGGGUUAUGACUUACUUGAGGAGUAAGUUUUCUAUAAGGUAGCAGGCUUUGGCCCUGAAAAUGUGUGAACCAAGUUGCUUCAAAAAGAGAUAGGAUGCUUCUGCUUAGUCAUUAGAUGGUGGAGAUUACAGAAAUCAACUCAUGUUGCAAGAGCUGUCUUCCAUGAGAAAAAGCUGUAAUUUAUUUGGUUUGUACUUCAUGAUAAAUUGGAACAGUUCACUGAUAGUAUCUGCUGAUUCAAAAGACAUUUCUUUCAGCAAGAAAACAGGUUCUCCAGUACCAGUGUCUAGAUGUGGGGAGUAAUAGCUAACUAACUUUAUUCUGUGCUUGUACUGUUCCAUUCACUAUAUAGUGAAGGGCUGAAUAGUCCGCCAUGCCUGGAAGUCAGAGUCCCCAGUUUUAUUCACACAACAAUGAUGGUUCUAGUUUGCCUUUCUGACUUUUUAGUUGCUUUGGCUGUAAUGAGAAAGCCUGAAAGCUUCCUUCCUUCUCUAGUGCUUUUUAUGCUAUAGGGAGGUGUUCCAUGGGAGUGGGGGUACUUCCUAGUAGAAAUGAGAUGAAUGCCAAAGUGAAUGUAUGCGUUUGUUGUGCCUUUUUAUUUGAGGGUUAGUAAGAUGGCAACUUUUGCUUAUAAGGAAGCUUCUGUUUUAAGGAACUUCAUUUAAAAA